CCCUAGUGAAAGCAUAAAUACCUCCAGCGUCUCUUCCGGUCCUCAUUACUACCUUCAGCAACCGGUACUUCACGUCGGCGAGAAGGAGAAAAACAAUCAGAAAAAUGCGUGAGUGUAUUUCUAUACAUGUCGGCCAGGCUGGCACCCAGAUGGGCAAUGCAUGCUGGGAACUGUACUGCCUGGAGCACGGCAUCCAGCCGGACGGUCAGAUGCCCAGCGACAAGACCAUCGGAGGAGGAGACGACUCCUUCAACACCUUCUUCAGUGAGACUGGAGCUGGCAAACAUGUUCCCAGAGCUGUGUUUGUGGACUUGGAGCCGACAGUCAUAGAUGAGGUCCGUACAGGCACCUACCGCCAGCUCUUCCAUCCCGAGCAGCUGAUCACUGGAAAGGAAGAUGCAGCAAACAACUAUGCUCGUGGUCACUACACAGUUGGCAAGGAGAUCAUCGACCUGGUUCUGGACAGGACUCGUAAACUGGCUGACCAGUGCACCGGGCUCCAAGGUUUCCUCAUCUUCCACUCCUUUGGAGGAGGAACCGGCUCUGGCUUCACCUCUCUGCUGAUGGAGCGUCUCUCUGUGGACUACGGCAAAAAGUCCAAGCUGGAGUUUGCAGUUUACCCAGCCCCCCAGGUGUCCACAGCCGUGGUGGAGCCCUACAACUCCAUCCUGACCACCCACACCACCCUGGAGCACUCUGACUGCGCCUUCAUGGUGGACAACGAGGCCAUCUAUGACAUCUGCCGCAGGAACCUGGACAUCGAGCGUCCCACCUACACCAACCUCAACAGGCUGAUCGGACAGAUCGUCUCCUCCAUCACCGCCUCCCUGCGCUUCGACGGUGCUUUGAACGUGGACCUGACGGAGUUCCAGACCAACCUGGUGCCCUACCCUCGUAUCCACUUCCCUCUGGCCACCUACGCCCCGGUGAUCUCAGCAGAGAAAGCCUAUCAUGAGCAGCUCUCUGUGGCUGACAUCACCAACGCCUGCUUCGAGCCAGCCAAUCAGAUGGUGAAAUGCGACCCUCGUCACGGCAAGUACAUGGCUUGCUGCCUCCUGUACCGUGGAGACGUGGUUCCCAAAGAUGUCAACUCUGCCAUCGCCACCAUCAAGACAAAGCGCACCAUCCAGUUUGUGGACUGGUGUCCCACAGGCUUCAAGGUGGGCAUCAACUACCAGCCUCCCACUGUGGUUCCUGGAGGAGACCUGGCCAAGGUGCAGAGGGCCGUGUGCAUGCUGAGCAACACCACCGCCAUCGCCGAGGCCUGGGCUCGACUGGACCACAAGUUCGACCUCAUGUACGCCAAGAGGGCCUUCGUCCACUGGUACGUCGGAGAGGGAAUGGAGGAGGGAGAGUUCUCAGAGGCCAGAGAGGACAUGGCCGCUCUGGAGAAGGAUUAUGAAGAGGUGGGAACCGACAGCAUCGGGGAGGAGGAUGAAGGCGAGGAAUACUAGAUCACUGAAACAUCUGCUGCUUGCUGCGGCUCCAUCAGUCCACCAAUCACAGAAAGAAAAGCAAAACACCAAAAAGUUUAACUCUUGAGCAAUCUGGACUUAUUCCUUUAAAUUCUGCACAUUCCAGUGAGCUACAUGUGUGCUGCCUCAUUUUUAUUCAUCCAGAAUAAUAAAGAACAUGAAAGCCA